AUGAGGCAUCAUUCAAACUUGCGCAAGUUCUUCGACUUAACAACUUUGUCAAGCUCAGAACCACGCCAGGCGCCCAAGCCGCAGCCGAUGGGAAACUUUCCCCUAAUAUUCCUCUUCACGACCUGCGCUUUAUGCGCCGUGUUCCUCCUGUGGAGACGUGCAUCCGCGCUGCGCACUGUCGUGGCCCAUCAGCUGAAUACAUGGACCCGGAAAGAGGGAGCGGUCCGCCUGUCGGAAGACGACGGGCCUCCUGCGCAUGAGUUUUUGGAUGACGACUACGACGAUGAUCGCGAGCGUAUUCCGGAUGAUGAACCAUUAGCCGCUGCAAUAGAGCGAACGAGAUCCAACGAUGCUGGCCAGGAGGUUUUUGGAACAGCCAGCGCGGACGCCGUCGACCCAAGUAGAAAUGCCCCUCCCACACCUCCUCCCAAACCGUAG